CACCAGCCGAUUCAUUACCCAACAUGGCGGCCUCCCUUGUCAGAUUUGUCCGUGGAGGGAUCCACAAGACUUUAAAUCUGAGUCGGAACGCCGCUCUUAUCCAAACGCGGUCGGAAACUACAACUACUGAAACCAAGCCAACUGUCAGACCUAAGGAUGCCGUCGCCCACAACCAGUUGUCUGCUUUUGGAGAGUACGUGGCGGAGAUACUACCAAAAUACGUUCAGCAAGUCCAAGUGAGUUGCUAUGAUGAGUUGGAGAUCAUGAUUCAUCCUGAUGGAAUAAUUCCUGUUCUGACAUUUCUGCGUGACCACACCAAUGCACAAUUUCGGAACAUGAGUGACCUCACGGCUGUGGACAUCCCCACACGACCUAACCGCUUUGAGAUUGUCUACAACAUGUUGUCUCUUCGCUUCAACUCGCGCAUCCGUGUGAAGACGUAUACAGAUGAGCUCACCCCUGUCGAUUCCAGUGUGUCUGUUCACAAGGCAGCAAACUGGUACGAGAGGGAGGUGUGGGAUAUGUAUGGUGUUUUCUUCGCCAAUCACCCAGACCUAAGACGAAUCCUGACAGAUUACGGAUUUGAGGGACAUCCCUUCAGGAAGGACUUCCCUCUCUCUGGAUAUGUCGAGGUGCGCUAUGAUGACGAGGUGAAGCGUGUGGUAGCCGAGCCAGUGGAGCUUGCCCAGGAGUUCCGCAAGUUUGACCUUAACAGCCCGUGGGAGACUUUCCCAGCGUACCGGGAGCCCAAGGAUGCCCCGAAAUUGGAGGCUGGAGAUAAGCCUCCUGCAAAAUGAUCUAUCCGUUGUGUGUUGUAUCCCACUGCUACUCUCGAUGCAGGUAUUUAUGUAAAUAAACAAACAGGUUGUGUGCAUCUUUGGUCUCUAAAAUCUCAUGGUGGACUGAAGCUCAACAAGCAGAAUAAAGAUUAUAUAGAUACAAA